GAGAGAGUGGGGGCCGGUGGUGGAGAAAUUGACAACAACAAUCUAGUGAGAGGGGAUAGCAGCGACCUGGGGGAAAGAAAGGUCGAGUCUGGGGGGAUUCACGGCUAAACAAACCGUUAGGUGUCCCUCUACCAACCCCCAAAAACUAGACUUUUCAUGUUUGAAGCAGAGACGACAGACUCUGAAAACAUGUCAAACCUUAGCAAAGGCGGUACCAAGAAGGACACCAAGAUGAGGAUACGGGCUUUUCCUAUGACGAUGGACGAGAAGUACGUGAACAACAUCUGGGACCUUCUGAAGAACGCCAUCCAGGAGAUCCAGAGGAAGAACAACAGCGGGCUGAGUUUUGAAGAGCUCUACAGGAAUGCCUACACCAUGGUCCUGCACAAACACGGAGAAAAGCUCUACACAGGCCUGCGAGAGGUCGUCACCGAACACCUCAUCAAUAAAGUACGAGAGGACGUUCUCAACUCGUUAAACAAUAAUUUCCUACAGACUCUGAACCAAGCGUGGAACGACCAUCAGACGGCCAUGGUUAUGAUCAGGGACAUCCUGAUGUACAUGGACCGUGUGUACGUGCAGCAGAACAACGUGGAGAAUGUGUAUAACCUCGGCCUCAUCAUUUUCCGAGAUCAGGUCGUACGCUACGGCUGCAUCAGGGACCACCUGAGACAAACACUGCUGGACAUGAUCGCCCGCGAGAGGAAGGGUGAGGUGGUCGACAGGGGGGCCAUCAGAAACGCCUGUCAGAUGCUGAUGAUCCUGGGCCUGGAGGGGCGGUCGGUUUACGAAGAAGACUUUGAAGCUCCUUUCUUAGAAAUGUCUGCCGAGUUCUUCCAGAUGGAGAGUCAGAAGUUCUUGGCGGAGAACAGCGCGAGCGUUUACAUAAAGAAGGUGGAGGCGAGGAUAAAUGAGGAGAUUGAACGAGUGAUGCACUGUCUGGACAAGUCUACGGAGGAGCCCAUCGUCAAAGUGGUGGAGAGAGAGCUCAUCUCCAAACACAUGAAGACCAUCGUCGAGAUGGAGAACUCGGGCCUCGUACACAUGCUCAAAAACGGAAAAACGGAAGACUUGGCGUGUAUGUAUAAGCUGUUUAGCAGGGUCCCGAAUGGCCUGAAGACCAUGUGUGAGUGUAUGAGCUCGUAUCUGAGAGAACAGGGCAAGGCUCUGGUGUCUGAGGAGGGAGAGGGCAAGAACCCUGUCGACUACAUCCAGGGUCUGCUGGAUCUGAAGACGCGUUUCGACCGAUUCCUACAGGAGUCCUUUAACAACGACAGACUCUUCAAACAGACCAUCGCUGGAGACUUCGAAUAUUUCUUAAACCUCAACUCGCGAUCGCCCGAGUAUCUCUCUCUCUUCAUCGACGACAAGCUGAAAAAAGGAGUGAAAGGGCUGACGGAGCAGGAGGUGGAGUCUAUCCUGGACAAAGCGAUGGUGUUGUUCAGGUUCAUGCAGGAGAAGGACGUGUUUGAACGAUAUUACAAACAGCACCUGGCCCGACGACUCCUCACCAACAAGAGCGUCUCGGACGACUCGGAGAAAAACAUGAUCUCUAAACUAAAGACGGAGUGCGGGUGUCAGUUCACCUCUAAACUGGAAGGCAUGUUCAGAGACAUGAGCAUCUCUAACACCACUAUGGAUGAGUUCAGACAGCACCUUCAGUCCACGGGGGUGUCUUUAGGUGGCGUCGACCUCACAGUGCGAGUGCUGACCACGGGGUACUGGCCCACGCAGUCGGCCACGCCCAAAUGCAACAUCCCCCCCUCCCCCAGACACGCCUUCGAAGUUUUCAGAAGGUUUUACUUAGCCAAACACAGCGGGAGACAGCUCACACUGCAACAUCACAUGGGCUCUGCAGACCUCAAUGCUACCUUCUAUGGUCCCAUUAAAAAGGAAGACGGGUCAGAGUUGGGUGUGGGAGGAGCCCAGGUAACAGGCUCUAACACGCGGAAGCACAUCCUCCAGGUCUCCACCUUCCAGAUGACCAUUCUCAUGCUCUUCAACAACAGAGAAAAGUCCACAUUCGAGGAGAUCCAGCAGGAGACAGAUAUUCCAGAGCGGGAGCUGGUUCGAGCGUUACAGUCUCUGGCCUGUGGAAAGCCCACACAGCGCGUCCUCACCAAGGAACCCAAGUCCAAGGAGAUAGAAAACGGCCAUGUGUUUACAGUUAACGACCAGUUUACCUCCAAACUGCACAGAGUCAAAAUACAGACAGUUGCUGCUAAGCAGGGGGAGUCUGACCCAGAGAGGAAGGAGACGAGGCAGAAAGUGGACGAUGACAGGAAACACGAGAUCGAGGCCGCCAUCGUCCGCAUCAUGAAAUCCCGCAAGAAGAUGCAGCACAACGUACUGGUAGCAGAGGUGACCCAGCAGCUGAGGGCACGGUUCCUGCCUAGUCCUGUGGUGAUUAAAAAGCGUAUUGAAGGACUAAUAGAGAGGGAAUAUUUGGCACGAACGCCGGAAGAUCGUAAAGUGUACACGUACGUGGCGUAGAAGGGCGUGCUAUCAGACAACGAGAAGAACGAGAAAGAAGUGAAGCACGCAGAAAAAAAACAACACCACCCGAGGAAGAAAUUAAAAAAAAAAAAAAACCACCACCACAGGACUGUGUUUCGCAUGGACUGGGAAGUUUCUUUUUAAAAAAAAAAAAAAAAAUUCUGGGAAACAGACUUUUUCCACCUUUCCACAGACCACAGAAAAUAAAACCGUAAAAGAGCAGAGGAAACACGGAUACAAUCCAUUGAGUGUCGUAGAUUAUUUCAGAAUCAGGCGUCCACACACCCUGUGACAAGCUCAACAUUGAUGGAACCAGCUUCAAGCGUUUCACCCUUUUAUCCCUAGUAGAGAUCAACAUAAAAAAAAAAAAAAUUAAAAAAUAAAAACAAAAAAAAAAACGCAGAAUCCCUUGGGAAAAUGUGAAUGCACCUCACGUUUUU